AUUAAUACCUGGCAACACUGUCACCCACCAUCUUUCUUUCUUUAAUUGUGGUUGUUCAGUGCCACCGAGGCGUUCUUUUCAUAAAAAAAUAAUAUGGGAUUUGUUAAAGUUGUGAAGAAUAAGCAGUAUUUUAAGAGAUAUCAAGUUAAAUUCAAGAGGCGCCGUGAAGGUAAAACUGACUACUAUGCUCGUAAACGUCUGAUAGUUCAGGACAAAAAUAAGUACAACACUCCGAAGUACCGUUUGAUUGUACGUCUCUCUAACAAAGAUGUAACCUGUCAAGUUGCAUACUCACGCAUCGAGGGAGAUCACAUAGUUUGUGCUGCAUAUUCACAUGAAUUGCCACGCUAUGGUAUUAAGGUUGGUCUCACAAAUUAUGCUGCAGCAUAUUGUACUGGUCUUCUGCUGGCAAGAAGAUUGCUUCAGAGGCUAGGUCUUGAUACCUUAUAUGCUGGAGCUACUGAGGUUACUGGAGAUGAAUUUAAUGUAGAACCAGUAGAUAAUGGACCUGGAGCCUUCAGAUGUUACCUAGAUGUUGGCCUGGCACGAACAACUACUGGAGCACGUGUAUUUGGUGCAAUGAAAGGAGCUGUUGAUGGUGGGCUUAAUGUUCCACACUCCAUUAAGAGAUUCCCUGGUUUUGACGCUGAAGCCAAGAAAUUUAAUGCUGAAGUUCACAGAUCACAUAUUUUUGGAUUACAUGUUGCCGAGUACAUGCGGAAUCUUGAACAAGAAGAUGAAGACUCAUUCAAGCGACAAUUUGGAAAAUAUAUUAAACUUGGAGUGAACGCAGACUCGGUUGAGAACCUUUACAAAAAAGCCCAUGAAGCUAUUAGAGCUGACCCAUCAUACAAGAAGAAAGAAAACAAGAAGGAUCCAGCUAAGCAAAAACGCUGGAACAAACGCAAACUGACAUUGGCUGAAAGGAAGAACAGAAUUAAACAAAAGAAGGAAUCUUUUAUCAAAAGAUUACAGGCUCAAGCUGAAGCUUAGUUUGGUUUGAAAGGAAAUAAACUCUUUUCAUUGAAAGAAA